CUUAACAUGUAUUAAUAUGAGUAGGGAUUUUCUUGAGAAGGUCAAAUUUAAAAGAUAUAUGAACUAUAAUCAUAAAAUGUCAGAAAUGUUCCAAAUUAAGGCCAUAUCACUAAACUGAGAUAAUUAUGGAGUCUCGUGAUAUCAAUACCUCAUAUGAUUAGUAUGUCGGGAGCAAAGUCACUGUUAUCAUAAAUCGUUAACUUAAGAUAAUUUCUUCAAUAAUGCUGAAGAUGGCGGGGUGUCGACACUCCCUCGCCAUUUUGGCAUUGCUGGGUGUCGUCUGCCACGCCCAGGGAAAAGAGGUAGAAUGUCUACAGCCAGCAUCUUCUCCCGAGUCGGUCUACAAUUUCAUGGCUCCUGACAUUUAUCAGAGCAGGAACAUUUCUUUGUCGGAGUACCGUGGCAAAGUUUUGGUCAUCACAAAUCUUGCCUCCUUCUGAGGUUUAACCCCCAUGCACUAUAUGGGUUUCAAUGCACUUAAAAAGACAUUUGCAGGAAAACAGUUCGAAGUUCUAGGCUUUCCAUGCGAUCAGUUUAAUUUGCAAGAGCCGGGAGAUACUGCUACAGAAAUUUUAAAUACUAUUAAGUAUGUCCGCCCUGGAAACGGAUACGUUCCCAAUUUUCAAAUGUUUGCCAAACUGGACGUCAACGGAGAGAAUGAGCACCCUCUUUUUACUUACUUAAAGAAGUACUGCGGUCCAACAGCGGAUGAAUUUGAGGAUGAUCUAUUUUACAAACCUCUCCGUGUCAGUGACAUCAGAUGGAACUUCGAGCAGUUUGUCAUCAACCCACAGGGUAAACCAGUAGUUCGUUUCUCACCGGAAGUUAAUCCACUAAAUCUCACCUCCGUCAUUUCAUCGUUACUACCAAGAUCUGAUAAUGAAAUUAUCAGAAACGAAAUACCAGAAGUUCUGAAUUAGUCAUGUAGUUCUCCAAGUAGUAUUUACAUAAUAUUUGACAUGUUUCUACUUUUAUAUCUUGUGGAUAUAUUUUAAAUAUUUAUAACCUGUAUGUGGAGCGAAAACAUAAACCUGUUAUUCAUAGAUACAGGCAUUUGAUGAUUUCAUUUCUUGAAAGCAGAAAAUCUGUUAGAAGUGAAUGAAUGUUAAAUGGGGUUUUUCACUUUGUGCAUUGUGUGAAUUGCUUCAGUUAUAUUUGUCAAUAUCUAUGUAUAAUAGAUAUAAGAUUUUCUGUAUACACAUUAUGCUGCAAAUAUUUGAAAUAAAUCAUAAGAAAGUU